AUACAGCAGUUGCCAAUUAAGUUUGGGCCCGAAUUGGAGCGUUACCAGGGGCAGUCAUCUUCUGUUUGGGGCUUGCGCAAUUGUCAGCCAGUGAUGCGCCUCAUUGGCCUGACCAAAAAGAGACAAUGGCUUGCGGUUGAGUUCCAGUAGUGGGCGCAGCUUUGUAAAACAAUUAAGCCAAAUGGGGCUCCUAAUUGCCCUUACAGGGUUCGGGCGCAAUUGAUUGAGGGCCAGCUUGUUGUUCAAUGACUUAUUUACUUUGCGCUGUGCCCACUUCAAUAAACCGACGUCACAGCGACUUCAGGGCCAAUGUCAGUAGAAGUGAAGUGAAGUGAUUCGAACAAGUUUGCCGCACUCGCACUCGCACUCGUAUCUGGCAGAUACUCACAUCUGUAUCCGCGUGCGUAGACGGCCGGAGAGGAAGCUAUAAAUUCGCAAUCCACUCCGAGUUUGGAGUGCAGAAACAUAAUCAAUUUCGCAGCGAGAAUCUUCUAAGCUGACAGCCAAGCGAAUCUGACGCAAUUCAUGGCUUCGACUUCUGAGUGACUAAGCGAAAGAGUCCAGUUGGCAGAACAGCUGGGUCCGCAUACUAUAGCAGAUAUAUACGCGAUGCUUCAGCUGUGCACCAUCUACGCCUGCGCGAACGGCACCCUGGGCCUGAACUUGAGUCGUGCCCCCUGGGAUCCGUAUCCCUGGGUCAGCGGGGUGCAGGCCAGGUCGAGUGCGGAGAGGGGCGGCGUGCGGCUGGGGGACACCCUGCUGGAGUUGAACGGAGCCGACGUCCUGGGCCUGAGGAUCAGCGAGCUGGCCAGUCGGCUGCAGGAUCACUGGCAGAGCGGCGCCGAGGUCGUGACCCUGAUGAUGUGGCGCCAGCAGGCGGCCAUCGACCAGAGUGGGGAUCCUGCCGAGGCAUCUCAUGCUGUGCAACACGGCAUUAAUCAACAAUCGCUGCAAAAGUUCGCAACAUGCCUGCAACAUAUUUCCCAAUUACUGGAGUGUCCUGUGUGCCUUGAGGUCAUCAAACCACCUGGCUGGCAGUGCUGCAAUGGACACGUGCUCUGCAAUAAUUGCCGCAGUCGCUCCGUAAAGUGUCCGGUGUGCCGGGUGCCUCUGGGGCCCAGGGGCCGCUGCCUGCUGUCGGACAAAUUAUUCACCCUGCUGGCGGAGAGCUUCCCCUGCGACGGCGGGAAAGCCAGCCAGGUGACUGCGGCCCAGGGCAUUCAAAAACUGAGCAGCGUCAACAAGUGCACAAAUGAAUAUCAUAAUCAACCGAAAAUGGCGUUGGCCAAGUCGAGUUCCGGCAAGUCGAAGUGCGGCAAGCAAAUCUCCAGGCAACUGCCAGUUUCAGUGGACCAAAACCCGCAGCCCAAGGAAGCUGAGGAAAAUGCUGUGGCCCGAACUGCCAGUGAAAUCAGGAGGAAAAGCCAGGAGGCUGUCCUGCAACGGUGCACGCUGAUAAAAGUGCAGCACCAGGAGACCGACGCGGACUUUUCGGGGGAAGGUCACAACAAUAUGCUCGUUAAACCAAAGUUAAAGUUGAGUAAGAAAAGUUGGCGGAUUACAGGGCGAGAUCAAGACGGAUUGCGCAGCGAUGAAGUUGCCACCAUGAAUAAUGGUGGGCAGGUGGGCCAGCCGGAGGAGCAGGAGCAGCAGCAGGAGUAUCAAAAUUAUCAUUGCCCCACUGGGAAAUCAUGCGGCCAGAGCCACCAACUGGCCAACAAAUUGUCAACAGUCGCGAUGCAGGACACCGCAGUUGGGGAUUCACUAGGUGCAUCCUUAUCAGCGGGGAGCCAUAAACAGGCGCAUUCAUCCGGAGUAAAUCAGGGAGUGACCCCCGCCGAACGGGAGGCGGGGUCAAUAGGUCGCCGGGAGUGGCAGCUGCUGCGCCACUUGAGCGGCGACCACCGCCUGGCGGUGCUGCAAAUCUACGGCACGUUCGGCGAGCGGUUGCACGUCCGCCCCCAGCUGCCCCAGGAGAGCGUGGCCUGCCUGCGGCUGAGCGAGGAGACAUCCUGCUCCUCCUCCUCCUCCUCCAGCGCUUUCGGCCACGUCAGAGUGCACACAUUUUUCUUGGCUGUCAUUGCAACCGGCGGCGCUGGCGGCGAUGAGCACGCCAUCUUCCUGUGGCACCUGGACCACCCGCAAUCACCGCAAGGACCCACUUUCGAGGCUGUCAUCGAGACACAGGGCUUCCAGUUUCGGGGACCGGCUCACUCCCUGCGCCGCAGCUGGCCAGAGAUUAGGGCCUCCGGUCAGUUCCUCACCUGCAGCAACCUGGGCGCCAGCUUGGAGGUGACCGUCAGGUAGACCGCCCAAGCCCUCAAGACUGGUCCCAAAGUAUAGGAAUAUGAGUAGUUUUAAAGCUAAUUAGGUCUAAGAAUUUCCACGAACUGAUUUUUCUGGCUCCGCCAAAGUAGCCAAGGUAGCUGUGGAGCAAACCAAAGGGCAAUGAAAAUAAAAAAUCUGAAUUGUAUGCUUUGUAAAUUAUAUUUGCAUUUUUUCAACCCGCGCGUAUUUAUACGAAAAAUGCAAAACGCAAUUUGGAAAUGUGUUUAAUUUGCAAUAUUUUUAAUUAAUAAAAACAUUUAGAAAUGUGCUGGCCUGGCAGUUU